AUGUUUAUUUUUUUAGUUUUUCUACAAAAAAGCCUUUGUUACGCAUCGAGUGAAGAUCUCCAAAAUUUUACCCAAAAUGAGUUGGAAGCUCUGGCCCAAGUGAUACAUGAUACAGAUUCCGAAGAAGAAGUUGGAGGAGAAGCAGACAUAUCCGAUGAGAGUGAAGGUAUAGAGGAAGAUAACCACAAUUCGAAUUCCGAGCAAGAAAUGAGCGAACAAGAAGAAAACGGUGAAGUGGAAGGUGAACAAUAUUCUGAUUCUGACGAUGUUCCUCUCUCAGUAUUAGUGGCUAAUGAAGGACAGUAUGUUGGCAAAGAUAAAAAAACUAUUUGGUAUAAAACCUACCCUAGGAGUAAAUCUACUAAGCCCAGAAGCAAAAAUAUAAUAAAAAUACUACCAGGACCAAAACAAUGCGCAAGGGAUAUAACCGAUGAGAUAAGUGCUUUCACAAAAAUGUUCAAUGAUGAAAUGGUUGAACAUAUUAUUCAGUGUACUAAUUUGGAAAUUUCAAGAGUUCAACCAAACUCUGAUCGAGUACGAGACGCAAAGAACGUUACAAAAUCGGAAAUGCUAGCUUUUAUAGGCUUAUUAUUUUUAUCUGGAGCUAAGAAGCAAAACCACACUCAUUUUUUGGAGUUAUGGACAAAAGAUGGAACGGGAUCAGAAAUAUUUCAAAGUUAUCAAAGGUUUCUUUUUUUGCUUGCAAACAUUAGAUUUGAUAACAAAAUAACAAGGCAUGAAAGAAGACAAACAGAUAAGUUGGCAGCAGUGCGGUUUAUUUUGGACAAAUUUGUGAAUAAUUGCAAGAAAAACUACUCUGUGGGUGAAUUUAUGACAAUAGACGAAAUGUUGAUUGCGUUUAGAGGGAGGUGCAGCUUUGUACAGUACAUACCAAACAAACCUGCUAAAUAUGGUUUGAAGGUGUUUGUGCUUUGUGACGCACAAACAUUUUACGUGAGUAAUUUGGAGCUGUACUGUGGAAAACAAGCAGACGGACCAUACAACCAAUCAAACACACCAACUGCCAUAGUUCACCGCUUGCUGGAAGAACAGAAAUUAAGUAACAGGAAUUUAACCUGCGAUAAUUGGUAUUCAAGUUACCCUUUGGCAUUGGAACUGUUACAAGACAAAAUAACAUUUAUUGGAACCCUAAAAAAAAAAUAA